CUCGGAGAGGACCUGGCUAACACUGGAACGACACAGAGGAAGACAACCUGACGACCGUUUGCUUUAUUACCAUUGAAGUACCAGGAUCUUUCUAGCACCAACGGGAGAUUGAGCUGAAAUAAUGCGCCGGCCAGCACAUCCUUACUCAGUCAACAGGCCGGUGUACUCUGAGGAUUCAUUUUCUGAAGAGCACCAGAACAUUUGCAGGAAACACAAGACCCUGCAGGACCACGUAAAGGUGUACCUCAGGUGUGAUGCCACACGGGUGAAGAGGGUAGCCUGCUCCCUGCUUCCUAUCAUCCAGUGGGUGCGACUUUACAAUGUGAAAAAGUGGCUGGUUGGGGACCUCGUGUCAGGAGUCAGUACCGGACUGGUUUCUGUGCUGCAAGGUCUGGCCUACUGCCUUCUUGCGUCUCUCCCACCUUGGUACGGGCUCUACACAGCCUUUUUCCCAGUCAUUAUUUACUUCUUUCUGGGUACCUCCAGACAUAUCUCUGUGGGUGCAUUUCCAGUUCUGAGUCUGAUGGUGGGGUCGGUUGUGACCCGUCUAGUACCGGAUGAAGGUCCCAUAGCCAACAUUACCGGCUUUGAAGGGCUCACCAAGGACGAGCAGAGGGUCAUGGUGGCAGCAUCUGUUACCUUCCUCAUGGGGAUUAUCCAGCUGGCCUUUGGACUGGUGCAGGCUGGGUUCAUAGUAACAUAUUUGUCCGACGUUCUGAUCUCUGGCUACACCACAGCGGCCGCCAUUCACAUCCUGGUGUCACAGCUGAAGUUUGUUCUGGGACUGAACAUAAAAAAUUACACCGGACCCCUGGCCCUAAUCUAUACCCUGGAAGAGAUCUUUGCUCAAAUUGAGAAUAGCAACAUAGCUAGCCUGGUGAUGUCCGCCAUCAUCAUAGUGGUGGUGUUCAUCGUGAAGGAGCUCAAUGAACGAUUCAAGGCUAAGCUCCCUGUGCCCCUGCCCAUUGAGGUCGCCAUAACUGUUAUAGCCUGUGGUGUUUCCUAUGCAUGCAAAUUUGUGGAAAAGUAUGAUGUGGAUGUGGUGGGGAAGAUCCCUGUUGGGUAUGAGCCUCCAAUGGCCCCCAGUGUGGAGAUCUUCAAGCUGACAGUGAUGGACGCCUUCCCCAUGGCCAUCGUGGCUUUUGCCGUGGCGUACUCCGUGGCUAAAGUCUAUGCCAUCAAACACGAAUACACGAUCGACGGUAACCAGGAACUCAUCGCCUUUGGAGUCAGUAACAUUUUCGGCGCCACCUUCAGGUCGUUUGCUGCGAGUACAGCUCUAUCGAGGACCGCUGUUCAGGAGAGCACAGGAGGGAAAACGCAGGUUGCUGGUCUGCUCUCAGCGAUUAUAGUGAUGAUUGUGACCAUAUCCAUUGGGUUCCUCUUGGAACCACUCCCAAAGGCGGUCCUGGGGGCAAUAGUGAUCAUCAAUCUGAAGGGGAUGUUGAUGCAGAUGCGGGUGGUAGGCUUCCUGUGGAAGAAGGACCGGCCCGACUGUAUGGUUUGGCUGAUGACUUUUGGGGGUUCCCUCCUUCUGGGCAUGGACCUGGGCAUUCCUGUCGGCCUGGCAGCAGAACUCCUCGCUCUGGUCUUCCGGACUCAGUUCCCCCGAUGUUCUCUCCUGGCUAACAUCAGUGGCACUGACAUCUACAGGGACUGCAAGGACUACCGUAAUAUCUUUGCACCAAGUGGCGUGAAGAUCUUCAGAAUCUCCACACCGAUCUACUUCGCCAAUGUUGAAUUCUUCAGAAACAAGCUAAAUGAAUAUCUGGGGUUUAACCCUCUGAGAGUCUUACGUAAGAGGAACAAAGCCUUGCAGAAGAUCAAGAAAUUGCUGAAAAGCGGUGAAUUGCAAAUAACAGAGAAAGGGCUGUUAUACAUGACCUCCAAUUCAAAUGAGGACUCAGAUGAUGAGGGUAACACAGAGGAUCUAGACCAGCCCAGCGACUACAAGGACCUGCCCCUUCAGGUCAACUGGAACGCUGAAUUACCAGCCAACAUGCGAGUGCCCAAGGUCGACGUCCACAGCGUGAUCCUGGACUUUGCAGCCGUCUCAUUCUUAGACAUCUCUGCCAUUAAAGGACUCAAAUCGGCCCUGAAGGAACUUAUCCGAGUGGAAGUGGAUGUUUACAUCGUAGCGUGUGACAGGUACGUCCUGGAGAAACUUCACAGCUGCAGCUUCUUUGACGACGAGAUCAAAACAUCCAUGUUUUUCCUGUCACUUCAUGACGCCAUGCUUCACGUCAUGGAGAAUCAUCCAAUCAUCUUGGAGUACAACACCUUAAACGAAAAGGUUUUAUGGCCAGAAACCAAACUGUAGACAAGAUGCCGGCAGUGUUUGUGAUCAGAUCCCAAGUGGACCGCCUUUGCUGCUCUAUCAGCAGGAAAUGAAUGAUAUUAGAUCACCAGCUGGAAUGAGAUGCUUGCAGCCCCUCCAUCCGGGUGCCAUAGCUAAUGCAGCGUGAUGCCAAGGCAGACACACUCUGGACAGGAUGCCAGUGCAUCAGCGGUCACACACACUGUCUUCAUACUGGAGCAAACUGACGUGGACAUGGAGGAAACAAACAUAUGAUCAACUUUGCACAUAUUAGACAUUUGGUAUCUCAGCCACAGUUCUGUCUUUUUAUAUUGUAAACUUUGGCUUUUUUUUAAGAAGUAAUUGUACUUUAAACAAGAAUGAGUUUAUAAAUAUUGGUAAACUGUUGGUUUUAUGUUGUAUGCUUUUAUAUUUUUUGUAGAAUAUGUAUAUUGUGUAUUUUAUCCGUCAUCCAUACCAAGGUGCAGUGGAUAUUUCAUGGUUUUUUUUCCAUCAUGUUUAUUAAAUGCAGCUAACAUUUUCCAGUGGCACUCAUUUACUGGUAUUUAGCUUCUAUGCUUGACAAUUUUAAGUCUUAAAAAUCCAGCUACAUAGAAAUUCUCCCAGUUAGAUACAAUGGCAAAGGGUGGGUCAUUGUGACUC